AUGUAAAGAGUGUUUUCUUAAAUUGGAAGAAUAACAAUUCCUUACCCUAGACUAAUGUUAUCAUCAAACUUAUAUUCUCCUCAGGUCUAUCUACAGGCUCUGCGCAUUCAAAGGCAUUAAAUUCCAAAAACUUAAAUUUUUACAUCAAUUACAAACGAUACUAAAAUUAAUCAUUAAUGUGAAUAAUCAAUAGCAAUUUUGGAUUGUCUGAGUAAGAAAAGAAAAAGAGCCAAGAAAAAAUAAAUCAGAAGAAAGGGGAACAAAAUUAUUAAUGCUAGAAAUAGAUGAG